AUGUGGUAUCCCUUCCCAAUGCUCAUGCCGUUGUCUCUGUCGCCGGAGCCACAGCGUCCAUCAGAUAUUUCUCAAACGCCCUAUGCAUCAGGGAUGAUUCAGAUGCAUAUGGUACCUUGCGACCAACGUUUCUUUCAAAAUGCAAUGAACGGGUUGGCUGACCCUCCGUCUUUGUCGAUAGAGGACUGCAGGAAAUUCCUUCUCAACAGGUCUGUGUUUGACCUGGUGAAAGUCACCCAUUUCCUGGAGCUGACAGACCCCAAGCUGCUGGGUUGGUACUUAUCGCUGCCUGUGGAGGACAGGAAGCUCAUACAAGAGGAAGGAGGACUCCAUCGGUUUCUGCAGAGGCAUCCAGCUCUGAACGUAGCCAGACAACUGGUUUAUGUGAAACAACAGGUGAGAGGUUGCUGGAAACCUCCUGCUGUUACGCAGACGAUGUCGUCAAACCUAAACAAAUCCAGAAGGCCCACAUUCUAUGGUGUGAUUCAGUGUCCCAACUGUGGAACCAGUUGUUCUUCAGGAGCUAAAAUAUGCCGACGAUGUGGCACACCUAUCCAUAAGGAGAUCCCGGCAUGCCAGUCAGAAGAGGAGAAAGAGUUAGGUCUUCUUCCCAACAACGUGAAGGAGGAGCUAAAUCUGUUCAACUGUUCAGGGCACGGAGGAGUCCAGUCAGUCCAAGCCCACCACCAGGCGGAAGCAGGAGCAGUGCAACAGUUCAGGGGAUGUCAGCCUCAGUCCUUUACUACUACUACUACUACCUUCCCAUCCACAACAGUGGGCUGUCUGGUCAACCUUCAGGAUAGCUUCCAGUCAGCCUGUGGUGAUACCAGUGACAGCCAUAUUGGAGCCACAGAGGAUUCUCCAGGCCAACAAGAGGCGCACUUCUCCAAGGUCGAGCUGCUCUCUCAGCUGUGGGAGGAAGGGCGGUGGCAGGAUGGCAACAACUGCAGUAGUGUGGUGGUAUAUAAGGAUCCGUCUGCCCAGACUAGCUUAUCUCUGGAUAUGGAGCUGGAGAUACAAAGCCAGAGAGGAAAAACCCUGAGCCAGUCUGCCAUCGAAAGCCAGGAGGGUGAAUCCAUGGCCAACUCAAUGCAUGACCAGAUGGCAGACUUCCCCAUGUUGGACCGGGAGACUCCUCCAGAGUACUACAGCUUCAACAGCACUAGGAUGGACCGCACAGAGUGGAACGACACCAGCAUCAACACCAGCCAGUUAGCGGAGCCGGACCGCGACGACUCACUAUCACUCAUGGCCACCAUGGGGAGCACUGAGCAGCCUAGCGGCGCAGUGGAGGUGGAGCCACCUGAAGGCAGUAUGGUGUCCAGCGAGUACUGUGAUUGGACUUAUGACAACUGCCCCGGCAACCUAGCAAAUGAGGAAGAGGCCUCGAGAUGCGAGCUAGAGAAUAACUGUGUCGACUACCGGAGCCUCAUGAAAGAGGAUGGGAGUAUUCUCAUGUAUAAAGCAAGUAAUGAGGGGACACCUGACUUAAACGUGACACCCCCUCAAGGCCAAACCAAGAUGGACCAGUCUGGUUGGUCUAGAGAGAGUCGCAGUGCACCCCAAACCCUGAAGAAAGAGGAGCUGUCCAUCUAUGAGGAGUCCUUCUUGUCAAUAAGCCCUGGUGGGGCAUCGGCGGACGUUGUCACCACCACACAGCAUGAGAACGGUAUGUCUGCGUUCUCGCUAGUCAAUUUGAACCAGACUUUUGAACUCCCGCCUUCACGGGUCACAGAAGCCAGGCUAAGCACAGCCGACCAUUCAACAAAUACUUGGCCUGCCGUCGCUAAACAUGUGUUGGUUGGUAUUGACCACAGUCUAACAAGCUGCAACCAGAAUACACAAACUCAGGGCACAGCUACAACUGACAAGUCUGUCAUCACUGAAGUCCACAUGGCAGACCUGGAGUAUCUGACUGAGGAAUUCAUCAAGCUGAAAUUUUCUCAAGAGGAACUGAAAGGGCUGAAAGAGCAAAUGGCAAGCUCUGCAGGUGGUGUGAGAGAUGGAAGAGGCUGCGACAACGCGGACCGUGGGAAAUGUGACUGUGGCCAGCGUGCCACGCGGGCAGAGCUGAACCUGCUGGCCCUGCAGUAUGGGAUGUGCCAACGGCACUGCUGGAGACGCUACUACACCUCACCUGAGGGUGACCGUCUGGUCCUGGGGACUGAGGGCCCUCCUGAGAGCCUGGUGACAGUGCUGCAGGUCCUGGAGGUAGACUACAGAGAGAUGAGGAGACGGGUCCUGUCAGGUAUACCCCUGGACCAGCUCAGGCCCCUGUCUGUCGACUCCCAGAGGAUCACCUCAGGGACCAGCUAUGUCCCCCAGCAUGUAAAUUCCCUCUGGUGCCCUUCCUUCCUCUCAGUACAUUUUGUUUGUACUAUGCAAUAUUUUCUAUCCUCCAGUGCCUCAGGUAGGAGCUCCCAGCAGUUGCAGGUAGAGGAUGCCCGUGUCGACGACGCCAGUGUAGGUGGUGAUGGAGAGUUAAACAGACCCAGUCUGUCCCAGUCUGUUUUAUCAGUCCUUGGACAGGAUGAUGGGAUGGUUGGCAGGAUCAAGGCAGAAGGGCCCGUUGGUAACCCAAAGGCUGAGGACUGCAGAUCUGUGAAAGUGGUCAUCCAGCAGCCUGUGGUCAACCGGAGGCCCAGGCCUGGUGGAACCAAAGACCACAACUCCAGCGAGGCGUGGUUCGAUGCAGAGGAGGACCUUGAGCCUGAUGGUGUAGUGCUGAAGGAAGGAGGUCUGGCUGAGGUCCUGGUGGAGGAAGAAAAUGGCAAGAAUAGGGUUGAGGGGGAAAAGCCGCAUGACAGACAUACCCCUAAAGAUUUUUCGUUCACGGGAGUCGUUGGGGAGAAGGAUCAGAGCUCCUUCCUGUGUGUCACAGACCUUCCCAGUGACGUAACGGAGAGAGAAGUUAUGCUCUGGUUUGAGAAGUAUCAGGCUUCUGAAGUGAGCAUUUCCACCUUCGGCAACAACAUCCGAGUUGCCAUAGUGACUGUGAGUGGUCCAAAGAUGGCUGACAGCGCAGUGAGCGAGAUGGACGGGUGCAGUAUGCAUGGACAGACGGUCCAUGUGGCGCACAUCUGCAGCCCAAGCCACACUGGUAACCAGAGCCAGGGUCAGGGGCGGCAAACCCAGCAGCAGCAUAGUCCCUCAGCCAGCACCAAGGCAGGGUCCUCUGGAGACACCCCAUGCCCCCAAGACUCCAAGAGGAGAAUCACCCAUAUCACCACCCCACUGAUGCCCCUGCAGCUCAGCCUCCAGAAGAGGACCACCGUGUGUGACUCCCCCACGGCGUCGGGGACCUGUGUGCCCCAGCACUACGCCACCAUGGGUAGCUUCGAUACACUGAUGGCCCAUUUGUCAUUGCGCCACCCAGAGGCAGGGAGGCAAAGGAUUGUAGACGCCCUGCUGGAGCUGAGGGCCAAACACCAGGGGUUCCUCAGUGGCCUGCCUCUCAAGACCAUUGUAAACAUGACCUCUGACCUGCUGACACGAUAAGGACUCCACUUUCUAUUCUAUUGUUGAUAUUUGCCUUUGUUGAAACACAGGUUACAGGUUUGCCCAAAGCCAGGCUUUUGAUUUACUUGAAUGUAGUAAACAACUUAUCUACUGUUUUGUUUGUUCCUCACAUACGGAAUGUUAUUACUCUACUCUUUUGCUACAAUACUCAGUGAAUUGUUUUAUCUACUUUUGAACCUGAAAAGUGCAAAUAAUAUAUUUUUUUUAGUUUGCAAAUUGUUCAAUUACUAUUUAAUUGUUAAGUUAAUUCAAAUCACGGUAGAAUUGCAAAGGAGUUUUGCAGAAUGUUUUAUGUUCUGUUUCAGUUAAAUAAAUCUGAGAACCUGAAAUGUUCUUGGAUAUCAGGGUAGGUUGUGUUUAAAAAUACAUUUGUUUUGUUCUCAACAGGACAAUUUGCUGAAUAAUGACUGGAAGUGUAGUUCACUUAUCCUUCCAGAUUCUACCAUUUUCCCCUUUGUCCACCCUUUCAGUAUUAGAAUACUGUUAUUGACAAAGCUACAGUGCCUUCAGAAAGUAUUCAUACCCCUUGACUUAUUCCACAUUUUGUCAGACUGAAUUCAAAAUUGAUUAUAUCUACACACAAUACCCCAUAAUGACAAAGUAAGCAUGUUUUUAGAUUUUUAUUUUUGUCAAAUGUAUUGAAAAUGAAAUGCAGAAGCAUCUCAUUUACAUCAAUGUUCACACCCCUGAGUCAAUACUUUGUAGAAGCACCUUUGGCAGUGAUUACAGCUGUGAGUCUUUCUGGGUAAGUCUAAGAGCUUUGCACACCUGGAUUGUGUAACAUUUGCUCAUUUAUACUUUUCAAAAUUGGUUGUUGGUCUUUGUUACAACCAUUUUCAGAUUCUGCCAUAGAUUUUCAAGCUGUAACUCAGACACUCAGGAACAUUCACUGUCUUCUUGGUAAGGAAUUCCAGUGUAGAUUUGGUCUUGUUUUAGGUUAUUGUCCUGCUGAAAGGUGAAUUGAUCUCCCAGUGUCUGGUGGAAAGCAGACAACCAGGUUUUCCUCUAGGAUUUUGCCUGUGCUUAAUGCCAUAAUGUUUAUUUAUUUUUUUAUACUCCCCAGUCCUUUAUGAUUACAAACAUACCCAUAACAUGACGCAUCCACCACCGUGUAUUUUCCGAAGGCACUGUACUUAGCCUGUUGGAUGUAUAAUUUCAGUUUGGAUAUUGUUGCUUUAAUAAAAGAGACUAUAGU